AUGACCACUGGUGGAGGUCCAGAUGGGCCAAUUGCUUACUGGUGUGGACGUUGUGAGGAGGAUGGCCACAACUGGGCAGGAUGCCCCCACAACCCAGACCAGGAGCAACCACCAACCCCGUCCUCGGCAGCCACCCCACCAGCACUGCCUUCACCACCAUCACGGGAGAUCUGGGAGUGGUUGGUGCACCCCGAAGCGGACCUCUUCCACUACGUUCCCGUCACCAUCAACCUAAAUCAAUACGCAUCUUCUGCAAAAGUCCGAGCCCCUAGUGGACGGAGGCCAUCGUUACUUCAUCAGAACUGUGUCUCUCUGAGCCAGGAGCUGGACGUGCCCCAGCUACAAGCCAGCUUGCAAGCUGUGGCCAAGAGCGUGAGGCAGGAGGAGCGAGCUUCUGGGUCCAGGUCUUCAACAGACAGCCCAUCAGUGAGCAGCUGUGGAGACCAGGAGAGUUUACACCAUCAGAUGUAUGAGAUGGAGCGGUCUCUGGAAGCAUUCACCCCAGAUAUGGAGAGCUCCACCCAGGACUGCAAGGCUGUGAUCUCAGGGCUGCUAUGUGGGAAGCCUGUCCAGUGGGAGGUAACGUUCGAUGUGUCUCUGGUUUUAAAGGCGAGACUGCGUGAGGAGACCCUGCAGGAAGACUUGUGGAGUGAAACAUUCCAUCACUUGGCAGCGAGGUCCGUCAUACGAGACUUUGAGCAGAUGGCAGAUAAAGAAAAUGAAACAGAACACGGUUCUGGAAGGAGAUACCAGCUCAAUGCCAUUCACACCAGCAAAGCAUGUAACAUCAUCAGCAAACACACAGCAUUUCUACCGAUAGAUCUGGACAGCAAUGAAUACCUGCCAACAUGUAUUGAGUACUCCAACACAGGAGCUGAGGGUUUAAAGCAGGGCAGCAGCAGAGGCUCACGUUCAGGAAGUCGAAAGUACAGAGGCUACUCCAUAGGGCUGGGUCGCUCCCAAUCUGGCUGUGGAUCCGAUGGGCCUGAUGAUGGAUUCUCUACACUGAAUAUGGAAGAUAACAACCUGUCUCCCUGCAGCACGCCUUCUUCUUCAGGGUGGGAGAGAUGCAGCUUUGCAGAAGCGCCACAGAGAAGUCCUUCAGUGUCCUCCGUUCACUCUCAGAGAUCCAUCGAGAGCUUGUUUUCAACCAGGUUGAGUCUGAGUAGGAAUCGGUUGCUGAGUGGUGCUGCAAAACGUUUCAUGUGCAGCUCAUCCAGCAAAACCAGCGAGUCCAGCGGUGAGAGCGAUAAUGAAAACAAUCACGACUACUUACCACUGGUUUCCUUACAGUUAGCAUGUGGAGCGUUUGUUCUCGACAGUGCUUUCUACGAGGCGACACACAUCCCAAUGGAGAAGCUGAAAUGGACGUCUCCGUUUGCUCGACACCGUUUAAGUGCCACCCACACGUCCCACUCCAGCAGCUCCAGCAGCUUCAAGAAGACACAAGAGAAUCAAGCUGAGUCAGCAGACAGCGCCAAAGGGCUCUCUCCCCUUGAGAUUGAAAUCAACCACUCUGGUGGGGCUGGCGGGAGGCCUCGACACUUUUCUGGCAGCCAGGCAGAAAGUCAAUCCCGGAUACAAAAGAUGGAGAAUGAACUUUCGCCUCCCACAGUAACAGUGCGUCGGUUCUCUUCCCCCGAACACACCCAGGCAGACAGUGGAAGGGGGUCAGAGACUGACAGCUGUGAUGGCCCUCUUGUCCACCACAGCCAAUAUCUCCCCAAGAAUCUGGAGCCAGAAGGGAUGGUGUGGGCCACAGCGGUGGCGCUUGCCUGGCUGGAGCACAGCUCGGCUGGUUAUUUUAUUGAAUGGGAGCUAGUGGCUGCCAAGCACCAGGAGGAAGUGCUGGAGGGCAAGCAAAACAGCCUGCAACUCCAGCAUGUUUAUGUGCAGGGAUGUCCAGUGGCCCGACCAGAUUCCCUGGACUCCUCUGCCUUCCCAGACCGCCCCCAACCCAAGUUGGAGGUGUCCGUCGUUAACACUUUCUGUUUUAACAACACUCCCAGCAGUACACCAUUGUGCAGGUUAGAGGUAGUCCUCCACCAGUACAGGGCUGCUGAGCACAUGUGA